CUGGUUUUGGAGCAAUCAUCAAGAUGACCAAGAAAAGUGGAUUCAUGGAUAUAUUCGUAAAAUUGGGGCUACCAAAUGCCCCCAAUUUCCAUCUUUACCAAACUGUUCUUACAUAUCCACGCACAAUAAAUGCAGAACUUGAUACGAUGAAGAAAGUAGAGAUCUGAAAAAUGGAGUCGUCCUCGUCCGUCUCACCUUUUCGAUCGGAUGUCAUCAGUGGAAAAGUAGCACUGCUAACCGGAGGUGGCUCCGGCAUCGGUCUCGAAAUCUCCACCCAGUUCGGCAAGCAUGGUGCCUCCGUCGCUAUCAUGGGCCGCCGUUCCUCCGUCGUUCAAUCCGCCGUUUCUUUCCUUCAAUCCCUCGGAAUCCCCGCAGUUGGGUUUCAAGGAGACGUCCGGGUACAGGAAGAUGCAAAGAGAGUGGUGGAGUCUACAGUCAAACAUUUUGGGAAGCUUGACAUUCUGGUCAAUGCUGCUGCUGGCAAUUUUCUCUCCUCCCCCGAGGAUUUAUCUCCUAAUGGUUUUCGAACAGUGUUGGAUAUUGAUGCAGUGGGCACGUUCACAAUGUGCCAUGAAGCAAUGAAGUAUCUGAAGAAAGGAGGUCCAGGGAGAAGUUCAUCUUCUUCAGGCGGGACCAUAAUAAACAUUAGUGCCACUUUGCAUUACACUGCAACCUUUUAUCAAAUCCAUGUAGCAGCGGCAAAGGCUGCGGUAGAUGCGGUGACUAGGAAUCUGGCACUAGAGUGGGGAACCGACUAUGACAUACGAGUGAAUGGGAUAGCACCUGGUCCCAUAGAGGGCACACCUGGGAUGAGAAAACUUGUGCCUCAAGAGAUGAUGAUAAAUGAUUACGAUAGUAGUAACCACCGUGACAGCAUUAUGCCUCUAUAUAGACUUGGGGAGAAGUGGGAUAUUGCAAUGGCUGCUCUCUACCUUACAUCCUGUGCUGGGAAAUACGUGAACGGGACAACAUUGAUAGUGGAUGGAGGACUGUGGGUGAGUCAGCCAAGGCGUCUACCCAAAGAUGUGGUCAAGCAGCUUUCUCGAGCUGUGGAGAAAAGAUCAAGAGAUGCACCCAUUGGCACUCCACCUCUCACCAGCAAACUCUGAUCCUCCUCCCCACUGGAUGGAAUUUCAUCUACCCGCAGCAUCCAAUUUGUUUGCUCCAAAGUGGAACUAAAUUCACUUGUUAUCUUUUCUAAAUUAUACUAUGUAUUCCCAACCUUUUUUAUAAACCAGGUUCUAUGCUUCGCCGGUCUAAUCCAUCUCCCUAGAACCUACCCCAAAACUUUUGACAGAUUUACACCGUGGGUUGCUCAGCUUGCCCUCCAGGUUGCAAACCCUGUUUUAAGCUUGAUAUGUGGCACUUUGUUGCCUACUAAGCUACUAUAGUAUUAAUGUAUUAUUUUAUGUGAAGAACCUUGCCCUCUUUUAUUCUCGUUCACUUGUUAAUACACAAUAUCUUAGUUUAAACAAUCUUCUUUCACAUAAUCUCGUGUGACACAUUUUAGUGGAGAAAUAAGAGUUUGGAGGAGGCAUA